AUGGCAUUUCUAUUCAAACGGAACCCAAAAACACCCCAGGACUUGGUCCGUACCCUUAUUGAAACGGUAAACAAACUCGAUAGUUCCUCAGACACCAAUAAGAAGUAUCAAGAUGAGUGUUCUCGAUUCCUCAAUCAAAUCAAAUUGACCUUGUAUGGCACCGAUGAUGAUUCUGAAUUGCUUAUCCCACAAUCGUCGGACCAAAUUAGCUUAUUGGUUACUCAGAUCAUUCAAAGCGACUGUUUAUUCCAGUUGAUUUCAAACUUGAGCAAGUUGGAUUUUGAUUCAAGAAAAGACGUCCUGUCAUUGUUUCUGUAUUUAUUACGACGACAGCCAACAAGUACUGGUGUGAGCACCAGUAGUAACACCGCGAUACUUGACUACUUGACGAGAGGGAAUCCCGAACUUUUGGUGAUGCUAAUCAAAGGUCCAGAAUCUAGAGAGAAUGGGUUGAUUUGUGGACAAAUAUUACGAGAAUGCAUCAAGUAUGAACAAAUUUGUAAAUUUGUCCUCAAUCAUCCGUUGUUUUGGAAUUAUUUUAAAUAUGUCGAGAUUCCUGUGUUUGAACUCGCUACUGAUGCAUUUUCCACCUUGCACGAUUUGUUAGUUCCUCAUAAGAAAUUAACAGUGGAAUUCCUUAGCAAGAAUUAUGAAAAAUUUAUGCUCAAUUGUAACCAAUUGCUAUUGUCUAAGAAUUACGUUACAAAGAGACAAACCAUCAAAUUGUUGAGUGAUUUAUUAAAACGUCAUAAUCAAGAAUUUAUAAAUCGAUAUUUCGAUGAUACAAAUAAUUUGAAGUUUAUCAUGUUGAUGCUUUCGGAUAAGCUGAAGAAUUUACAACGAGAGGCAUUUCACAUAUUCAAGUUCUUUGUGGUCAAUCCCAAGAGAAGUCAAAAGAUCCUGGAUAUCUUAAUCAAGAAUAAAGAAAAUUUCAUUGAAUUCUUCAACACUUUUGAUGUGUUGCAAUUUCAUGAUAAUACCUUGAUUGAUGAACGAGAUUUUGUAUUGAAGCAUAUCCACGGAUUACCCGAUAUAGAGAGAAUUCCUUAG